AUGUUGGAGCAGCGAGGAACCGAUUAUGGGGCAAUGAUAAUCAAAGGUUCAGCCGGAAUUGUGAUAACCGUUUCAUUGGGUUUAAUUUUCCUUGUUAUUGGUAAUAUGGUUUAUCAAACGUUCACUCGAAAAGUUGUUUUAUGCGAGAAAAGGAAAUAUUGA